ACGACUCCUGACCGCUCCCAUCUCAACGGUAAACCCAUCAUCAGUCAGUGUCCUUGGUCGUUCAUUUUGGCUGCUGUGGUCAUCACAAAGAUCUCGAGAGUGCUCUCUUCGAACUUCCCUCUCAGCUGGCACUCCCCCCUUUGCGCUGGACACAACGGGCCCACGGUCUCCGUUGCAAACCACCAUCCAUGUAAUACAACCCACAGGCCCCCAACCAAGCAAGGAAGAGCGAACAGAAAGAAAAUGUCCUCGUCAACAAUCCCUGCCUUCUACCGCGUCUUCUUCAGCACCGUCGACCCGCUGAUCGCCCUCAGCGGCGCGCUGACGCAGCUGCUCGCCCCGCGCACCCUCCUGACGCUGUACAACGGCUCGUCCGCGACGCUGCCGCCGGCCAUCGAGACAACCGCACUCCUCGACAGCGGGGCGGGCUACCUGCUCUCGACCAUGCUCCUGCAGCUCGUCCUGCUGCGGCUGCGGCCCGCGGACCGCGCCGUCUGGCGCUGCCUCGAGGCUGCCAUCCUGGUCCAGGACGUGGCCGUCGUCGCCGCCGUCGCCCGCGCGCUCGACGCCCAGCACCGCCUCGCGUGGCCGCUGCUGCUCCGACCCGGGGAGUGGGCUAACCUGGCCAUCCUCGCGGGCGUGGGCGCGCUCAGGGCGGCGUUUCUCCUGGGCGUCGGAAUGGGUGGUGGUGGUGGUGGUGGCAAAGCGAAGAGGACUUGA